AUGCGCCUGUGCCCACGAAGCGCCGACUACUGCUUGUUGCCCAGCGGCCGGCGCCUUCCGUGGACGAUGGACCGAACCCUCGCGGUCAUGGACGCUCCGCGGACCUCGGGCAUGGCGACCCCGCCGCCGCCGACCCAGGACGCCGGCCAUCGCGCGACGGACGCCCGACCCGCGCUCGGGACCAUGUCCAUCGCAACCAAGGCUAAGACCAUGCGCUACAAGAGCAUGGGCGGCAGCGCUGACGACAAGGAGAACCGAAGUAGUGCCAAUGACGUCAACCAGCUUCGCACCGACCGAUCGCUUGCCUCGCGCCAUGAGCCCAUCGAGUUCAUCCCACUCGGACGCCGCAAUGUGAAGCCAACGUCCAUGCUCCCCAAGCAAGCGCUCGAGAAGAAGCGAGGCCGACAGCUGGAAUACGAAAACACCUCGCGGCCCCUUGCUGGUACUACCGUGACGCUGCCAUCGCUCCGUUCGUGGGCGCCCCAUGCGAAGGCGUCCUCGGUACCGCCCAUGCUUUGUCCACGCCCCGCGCUCGAGCGAAUCACGUUGCCGGGCCUUCAGACGCGCGUCAACCCAACCUUAAUUGGUGGCAAACCGUGGACCGCCCCUCGACUUGGCUGCAUAACCAAUCCGUUUGGCACGGCCGUGCCAAAAGUCACGGUGGCUCCAUCUCGGCACGUACCGACGUUGAAGACGUCACCAGCUCGCUUGCGCCGGCCGACGACACGGACGCCGCACCACGUCACCAAAGUCCGCGCCUUCUACCAUGCAAAGGUGGUGCAGGACCUCAAGGCGCGCUACGUCAAGUUGCGGGCUGUCGACGAGACACCGCCGACGUCGCCUCGCGUUGAGAAAGAACCGAUCGUCCCGAUGCAAAACCUCGGCGCGCGCAUCAAGCGCAAGGCGCAACUCAAGAUGCAAUCCAAGCGCAAGGCUACCGAGAUGGAGAAUGUCAUGGCCACGCCGACGCCCAAGCGACUUCGCCGACGAACCAAGGCAGGAACCUCGGUCGCUAGCAUGCUUGCAUUCAACGACCAUUUGCUGCAGUCAUGGGAAACGCAGCUGUCGGCAGAAGCAUCUCCACAGGUGCGCGUCCACGACAAGCUCAUUGCGUCGCUGGAGCUCAAGUACAAACUUCACGAGACGCUUGACUUUCUCUCGCAGCUCGCGCGGUUACAAGGAGAAACGGCGUAA